AUGCUCUCGUCCGCCCUUCUCCUGCUCUCCUUCCUCGUCGUCAUCGCGCCCUCCCUCGCCCAGGCCCCGGUCGACGACGGCCGCGACGCCGAGUUCCUCGAGCCCGCGAAGCCAGUCCCUGACAAGUUCAUCCCGCCGGCCGUCCCCGCCCUCUCCGCCGCCCCGUCGCGCUCGCCGCCGCCGUCCCCUUCCGCGCCCGCGCCGGGCGCCCCCGCCCCGCUUCCGUCGCCCUCGCCCUCCGCCGGUCCGAAGCGCACUUUUGCCGUCGCUAGCCCCCCGCUCGCAGCAGAGUGUCUCCGCCGGCCCCUGCGCUUCCUCUCGGGCCAGUGCACCUCCACCGCCGCCGCCACGUGGGGCGAGGCACAGCGUCCCCAGUUCUCCUACCUCAGCGCCCACUCCUCUACUUUUCCUACCGGCGCUAGCCUGAAGAGCGCGCGCGAAAUUAGUAACAUCCUCUGCAACCAGAAGGGCAACGUCUUCAGCGCCAAGGGCAUCAACGAGCUGUUCGUCUUCUUUGGCCAGUUUGUCGAUCACAAUCUUGUCGCCACCCCAGCCACUGGCGAUCCGAUGCCCAUCCUUGUCCCCGAGAAUGACCCGUGGUUCAAGGGGAAGACGAUGCGUUUCGUCCGAUCCACUCGCGGAUUCACGGGUGAAGAAAACUAUGAGCGACCCAUCAACACCCUCUCGUCUGCCUUGGACCUCUCAGCCGUGUACGGUGUCAACGAUCCGCGAAACACUGCUCUUCUCGAAAUGGCUGCCGGCAACCUCACAGGAAAGAUGAAAACAUCAGAGGGCAACCUGCUGCCCUAUAACACAGGUGGUUUCAAUAAUGCGCCCAACUCGAAGAGCGCUAAGUUUUACCUCACCGGUGAUCAUCGAGCCAAUGAGCACCCAACCUUGACGACAAUCCACACCAUCUGGGUGCGCGAACACAACCGAAUUGUGGACCUGAUUCGGGAGAAAGUCCCAGCAGGCAGGCUGAACAAAGUAGAUUCGAAGCAAAUCUACGAGUGGGCCCGGGCCCUGAACAUUGCAAAGUUUCAGAGCAUCGUAUACAAGGAGUUUGUGCCGACGAUGAUCGGUCGCCGUGCGCCGAGAUACAAUGGAUUCCGAAAGUCUGUCAACCCGACGGUGAGCGACAUCUUCGCCGGAGCAGCGUUCCGCGUCGGACACACGAUGGUAGGCAAUAAGGUAUCUCGGCGGAGUGCAACCAGGAGAUUACGAGCGCUCAAGUUGUCAGACAUGUUCUUCCGACCGAGCGGAGUGGAUGAAGUAGGCGAAAUGGAUAACUUGAUCCGAGGGGCAGCGGGAGUACGCGCACAGGAAGUGGACGUGAAAGUGCACAACGCUUUGCGAAACAUGCUGUUCGAAAACGUGCCCGGCGAGGACGGGUUUGACUUGGUGGCCAUGAACAUCCAGCGCGGGCGCGAUCACGCGUUGCCAACGUUUAACCAGAUCCGACAGACGUUCGGUAUACGCCCUGCCCGGAAAUUUUCAGACAUAUCUCGCAACUCGCGGGUGGCGAGGCUGUUGAGCCUGGCGUACGAGGGGGAUGUGGACGCCGUCGAGGCGUGGCCGGGGAUGAUGGCCGAGGAUAAGAUCGGAGCAGCGAGUUGCGGACAGACGAUGCGAGCAGUUUGGGAGGCGGAGUUUACGAGAUUGGCGGAGGGAGACCAGUUCUUCUACCGGCGCACGGUGAAAAUGCCACCGGUUCUGAAAAUGUUCUUGACCAAGGAGGUGAACAGCCUGUAUCGAAAAGGCUACAGCGUGUGGCGGGACGUCGUGGUGCAGAAUACUAAGGUUGAGAGAGAUCAGCUUCCUAGUGGGAAUAUCUUCACCGUCUGA